AUGCCGCCCAAGAGAACCAACAAGGUGCCGAUAUUCGCCAAAGAGCCUGUAGUCACUAUCCAGAAAGCAUUCAACACUCUUUCUCAACACCUGAGAGAUUCUGGAGAGGAGGACGAGCAUAAUAAGGUGAUCAGGUAAGGUGUUCGUGAUCCAGUUUCCUGAUUGCGUACUAAUCUCUUUAGCUUGCCCAAUGCUGCGGUUGGUGUGCGGAAACUACUAGCAGCCCAUCGAAGAAAGAAUACGAGCAUUGAGGGGGAAUACGUUGACGACUUGGUGUCUGCUCUUGAUGAUGGGCACGAGGAUGUAUGCAGCCAUCUAGAUGCCACAGUUUUUGUUGUGCUGGUAGAGGCAAUAUUACAAACAGACUACUGCAUGCAAUGCGAGCGUGGCUUGUUUUUACUUGCGGCAAGUAUCUGGCAGUAAGAGGCAAGUAUACUUAUCAGUUGCUGACAUCUGCAGACCUCCUUACACAAAGAUAAUCUUUCCGAUGAGCGAGAGCGUGUGAAGAAGAGAAAAGAGGCAAUCGGUUCACAGUGUCUCAAUCUGCUUUUUGGAAACUUCGUAGAUACCGAUGGUCCCCCCGAACUUCGGAAAUGGGUGAGUCCCGUCGCUUGGUUGCCUUUUGUACCUGUGCUAACGUGACGUGAAGAUUGGAAUUCUUGGUAUUCAGCUCCUGAAGGGGUGUGAGAGCAAUCUUGAUUUACUAGGAGUGGGACCAGACAGAACGCGGUAAGAGUCUGUUGAGUCUGGAUCUCUGUGUUAGCUACUGAUACCAUAUUCAGGGAAGGUCUUGGUCAGAUGUUGAAGACAGAGGAAAAUGAAAUCGUUAGGUGCCUCGCCGGCAAAGUCAUUGAUAUUAUACGAUCAAGUGGUACUGUCGCACUUCAGACUUUGUGGCCUAAAGGCACGUCAUCAGAGUCAAUCCAAAAGUUUCCACGAUCAUCACAAGAUGGAUGGAGUCAGAAAUUCCAAGACUACAUUGACGAGACGGCGAACGAGAAACGAACACCUACGCAGUAGGUUUAGCAACAUGCCAAUGAAGUCAAAAUACUGACGUGAGAUUAGAAUGUUGUAUUUUGCAACUGACUGCUAUUUGAAGCCGGAUUUCGAACUUGGGUGCUCAGGCCAUUCGUUGAUUGUCACCGUGGAUUUUGAUUUUCUGACUGUCCAUGUGUCAAGCUCAGAUCAAUUGCAUGAUCGGAUUUUGCAGAUCCCAAUACCCUCUAUCUCCGACAUAGCCAUUCGUGAUGAAGCAGAAACACAGAAUGGGUUUUCGGCAAUAUAUAUUCUAAUAGGAGUGGGCCUUCUAUGUACAUUGAACGGAAAGAAGACAGAUGUGUCUAGUGUCAGACUUCGUGGCCCCCCAGACUUCGCAGAGACAUUGAUGGCAGAUGUCGCGGGAGUAACCACGUUCAAUGGAAAGGUGAACGAUACCAUGGAUUGCACUGAAUUUGACACAGACGAUACGAACAGCCACAUACCUCCGAUGGGGAGAUCUACACAAGAGGAGCUGAUGAUUGGAAGUGAAAUUGACAGUGUUGAUAUCAACAGCCACAUACCACCGAUGGGGAGAUCUACACAAGAAGGGUUGAUGAUUGGAAGUGACAUUGACAGUGUUGAUAUCAACAGCCACAUACCUCCGAUGAGGACAUCUACACAAGAGGAGCCGAUGAUUGGAAGUGACAUUGAAAGUGUUAACAUCAACAGCCACGAACAAAUGACCAAUGUUGAUGGAGAUUCUAUCGAAGAGGACUUGUAUCACGCGCCACCACAAAAUACCCAAAUUACACGAAGUCCCAAGGAGCCGAAAGAGAGGAGGGGAGUUCCUGUUGCCAAAAAUAAUGACGGUGCCAGACUUGAUAGACAAGAAGUCGCUGUCCCAUCCCAAUCACAAGGUCCUACGAAAUUCAGCAAGCGAGGGUUAUUUCCAUCAAAACCACAAGACCGAGCUGAAGAGCCAGCUGCAGUUUCUAACACCAUGCUGGCAGCCAAGUCAAAGCCAAAGACAGAUAUGCAGGGAAAAGUAGCUUCACGGGCUAAGAAUUCGGACGCGGUCGGGAAGGGAAAGCCCCCAGCCAAAUACCCAGGUCAUGAUGUGAUUGAAGACCGAGCAGUGGCAUCAAACGCAAAGCCAGGAGCGAAGUCAGUGGUAAACUUGAAGUUGAGCAAACGCGCGCAAUUAAAGGCAGAUGUUGACAACAAGUUUCCCAACACCAAAUCGCAGCCCGCUCCAAUUAGGAGAAAGUCCGUGACAAAGACAAAGUCGAAAGCGAAGGCGCCGAUCACACAACCGGUAUCUAAAACAAGACAAUCACAACCUCAAGUGGAGAAUGAAGCAGCAAAGUUGGGUGGCGUGCCUUCUCCAGCCAUUGAUUCGGUGGAUUUUGAUAUUUCUGACGAGCACAACUUCUCAACCCCAAAAACCUUCCAGCAGGUCAAAUUACCCCACCAAAAGAAUGGAUCGUCUCAUGCCCACGCGGAACGAAGUCAGGGCCAAAUGCAAAAGAUGAAUUCGAAAGUACUCAUUGGCUCAAAAGACAACGCUCAACAAGACGAAUAUGAUUUGCCGACGGCUUCUGAUGACGAAGAUUCUGUCAUUUCAUCGAUUCGGAACAGACCGAAGAAUCCCAAAAGCAAAAGAGGGGUUGUCAAGUACCAAGGUGCUGAAAAGACAAAGGCAAAGAAGGCGCUUUCUCAAAAGAAGGUCUCGCCCCAAGGCAAGCUGUCCUCCAAAUCAAAAUCGGCCACUGGAGGAAUGCGAGAGAAAGCUUCAACGACCAAAUCAUCCCAGCUUAGAAAUUUAGAUGGGGAGAAAGAACUUCAAGCCCCACCUCCCCGGAAGAACCCCCCCAGAAGUUCCCAGGUAGCGAAGGAAUCAAGUAAUCUACCCAAGAUUCCGAGAGCCUCCAAGAUCCCAGUUCCCAGCAGUAAACAUGAAAAAUCCCCGGUUCCACAAUCCGAAGCUCCCGACAAUGUCGAAAAUGAACACCAAGGCAAGAAAUCUGCUCGUGCGAAGCGGAAAACUCGGGGAGUGAUUGCUAAAUGGGCUGAAGAUGACCACGAAUUACCACUGGCGGAAGUUGAAGGUGGCGAUUACGCUACCCAAGUUUCACCUGCGCCGCCUUUGCAGGAAGCUGGAAAACCAGGGGUGCCAAGAGAGCUGGUCUCAUUUGAACAAGUAGAGAGAGAAAUAACAGAGAAGAAUUCUAAACCAACCAACAAGGGACACGCAAAGAAGGCGGCCGCGGGCAACUUGAGCCUACCAAUUCCUCCUCUUGACGAUAAUGCUCAUUCUGAGGAUUCCCCAGAGGCUAAAGGUGGAUCACAAGCGGAAAAGGUUGUUGAUGAAGAUAGCGAGGAACCAUUUGGUGAUCCAAUGAAUGGAUUUGAAGAUCAGGGUGCUGUAGGAGAAACUCCCGAGGCUCCAAUGAACGAUGACAUUAUCUCGCCCAUGAAAUCGAACAUGGGUGAUGGGACAUUCGACUCACAAGAAUCUCGAAAGAGAAAAGCAGAGGUUGAAGAGACUACGCCUUCUAAAAAGAGACGAAGUUUGACUCAAGAGAAGGUCCGCAAUGUGUCACCUUUGCAGAAUCUCGACUCUCAAGCACAGAACAAAAAGUCGAACAACUCAGCUCCAGAACAUCAAUUCAAAAAGCCCGCGGUGCCAGGGAGAUUGGAGGCAGAUAUGCAGGCUAAGCUCCACCCAGAAAGUCAAGCUAAACCGGCAGCUUUUCGUAAAGCAUCUCCGUUUAACGAGAGCGCGAAUACACCUGCAGCUAAUGAACGAAGACUUCCUGUGGCAGCUACUGGUGAAGAUAAUGCUAGUGCUCUGGUUGAUGACAGUGCACAUCGAAAGGCGCAGAUAAUCGCGUUCGACAAAAAUGGUCCAAUCAACCAAGGGCGUGCAUCAGCUACACCUAAGCCGCAAGCCGGAUCUGUUCCACAAGCAAGCCUUCAAAGGGAAAACCCAUCAACGAAGAGAAAACUUGACAUCGUUGAGAUUUCAGGCGUGGAGAGCCCGCCAAGCAAGAAACGACAAAGCAGCCUUGCACAACGAGAUGACGAUGGAAUGGCAGAUGUCAAUUUUGACGAUGCCUCGGCCAGGAGUUCCUCGCCUGCUCCCACUUCUCUUGUCGUUGCUACAAAGGUUACUCGAAAGAGGCCAAUCACAAAGCCAUCAUCACAGGCAUCACGAGUAGACUUAAAUGGAAGUCCUAUGCCUUUGAACUUAUCCGUCUUUAAUGAUAAUAUCGGAAUCGAUGAAAAGAUCCGGAAGUUGAGUCAGCCAAAACACCAAGACAUGUCAAUCUCACCACAAUCAUUCAAGCCGGAGGGAAUCUUUGGACCCAAAGCAAGAAUCGGAAGUCAGAACAAGGCUCGGCCAUCAUCGCCUGAAAAGGUUGAAUUACGCUACAUUCCUCAUCAAAAGACGAAGAACGGCAAUUACCAAGGCAUUGUUGGCAGAGAGGUUGUUGAGCCACAGAUACUUGCAGAUCCUUUUGUUGAGCAGCCGCCUGCACACAAGUCCAGUGGUUUUACUGAACGCUUACGCACUGAGUCUAGUACGAAGGCAGGAAAGACAGGUGCGUUACCGGUAGCUGAGAAGAUCCAGAGUAUCCCCAGACCACGAGGAGCUCGAAUCAGUAAGACAAAACUUGGGAGCAAAAGAACGCAGGUGUAUGUUGACGAUCCGGAAAAGACGCUCGUGGAAGGCGCAGUUCACCCUACAUUGGAGAUUUCGGUUCCCAGUAUGUGUAGUGAUAACUCAAACAGCCGCCUGAGUAGUGACCUAGUAAGAAGUCCUUUACAAGACGUCUCUGGUAACGAAACAUGGAAUGUUGCGUUGAGGCCACACUAUACCAAUUUAAAAGAUGCGGUUCACCGGGUUGCAGAUGUAAGCUCAUGGCUCGAGUCUAGAUUCUCCCUUGCUAAUGAUGAAACAGGAAAUGAUCAUUAGACUAGCAAGCGAAGAAGAUCGAAUGGACCUUCUCGUUCAACAAUACCAGGACGGCGGAGCGAAAAUUGUUGACAAUCUGGUCGAGCAGCGAACACAAGAAAAGAAGAAGAUUGCAGAAGGCCUGUCGGUGAAGAAGAGUGCCAUGGCGAAAGCAUAUAAAGCUUCGGGCAGAGCAAUUGCAAAGGUCGUUGCCUCAACGAAGAAGAAUUCGGUUGCUCAAUUUACCGAAGGCUGGAAAGCAAAGCAGGCAGCGAUCCGGGAGAAGAUUAGGAAAGGAAGAGAGGGUGUUUAGAAGAGGUGCAUCAUUGUUUGAGAGUCGCUUUUCUUUGCUGGCUUUAGCUGAUGGAUGAUGGUAUAAAUUUGCUUGUGAUAUUGUCGGAUUAUGUAGCUGGGCCUUGGGCAAAGGGGAUAAAGGCUACGUUUGAUUAGAACAUGAGAUGUGGCAGAGUGGCAGUGCUGGAUUUGGCGGAUAUGGCGGAUUGGCUUUGCAAUUGGCAUUCAGGCGAUGGGAUCAACA